AGACAGGCAGCUGAAUCAAUUUGAGCGCUUUAAUUGCUGUUUAUCCUAGGAGUAGAUAUUUUUUUCAGUGUCAAAAUUUACACGCUCGCUUGAAUGAAUAUGUGCGGUGGAAGCCUUGCGGGGUUUCGGUCAAGUCCGUUCCCAUUGCGGUGAAAUUGCAGGGAAGCAAGCAGAACCCAUGUUUGGCCGCGCGUGACUGUUGAUCAUGGAAGGCUGGGUAAGACCAAUUAAGGAAACAUGGCGGAAAAAAGCGUCGAAGAGAGCAUUCUGUUGAAAACCGGCUAAAUUUUUCCCGGGAUCAUGAGUCUUAUGAGACAGGUUAGUCUUUUAGCAGCUGGUUGUCAGCCUUGGAACCUCGAUGUGUGCGCAGCAAGCAGCAAUGGGGACCGUUUUGCUUACUGUGCGACGCUCGCCGUUUACGUUUACGAGUUGGAUCAACAAUUCAAUGAAUUCCGUCUAUCUGCCAUCAUGGCACAGCAUAAGAAGACCAUCACCUGCAUUUCAUGGCAUCCCAAAAACCCUGACCUCCUUGCAACAUCUAGCAGUGAUAGUUGCAUUUGUGUAUGGAGUGUGUCACAACAAAGUGUCAUUGCUACACUAGAGAAUGUCAAGUCUGCACCAAUUACAAGCAUUGGGUGGUGUCCACAUGAUUCUGAUUGUAUAGCUUAUAUAUGCAGCCGAGGGCCUAUGCACAUUUGGAACUAUACCUCUACCGAUGAAGGGGUGUUGUCCAAGCAUUUAGAAUCCAUGACAUUUUUUUCUGAGGUGUGUCAAUUUCGCUGGAAUCAAAGAAAGAUAGGGAAACUUGUGUUUGGGCAUAAUGACGGAAGUAUAUCUGUCGUAAGUCCAGGACAGAAAGCUUUCAAACAUUAUUUAAGACCUGAAUCUGUUGAUGAUCCUGAUGAUGAAGAUCCUGUGACGAGCCUCGAAUGGGAUCCAUUGUCUGCAGAUUACUUGUUGGUUUCAAAUGCUCAUCAUGGAAUGAGGCUGAUUGACACCGAUUCUAUGACUGUGAUUAUGAGUUUUAAGUUACCAAGCUCUGCAAUAAAGAUUCAUACAUUGGCAUGGGUCCCCUCUGCACCUGGAGUGUUUGUAACUGGAGAUACUCAAGCUGGCAUUCUGCGGGUCUGGAAUGUGUCUAAGAGUUCUCCUAUGAUCAGCAUUAAAUUAAAAAUGACUGGCUUUCAUGCUCUCAUUGUAGUAGAACCAUUCCAGAGCACAUCAACCAACAAUAUUGAAACAUCUGUUGGACUUUCAUCAACUUCAGUGGCAAGUAUGCCACCAUCUCAGCCAAAUCACAUCACAUAUUCUCUACCUCCCGCAAGCAUUCUGUGUACAUUUAUGGAUGGGGGGGUUGGGUUAUAUGAUUUGGGGAAACGCAAAUGGAGCUUUCUUCGAGAAAUGGUGAGAGACAUCAAUUGUAUUUGUGGAGCAACUGCAAAGAAUGGAGUGUUCAUAUGGGAUAUAGCCAAGGAAAAAAUUAUCAAGAGAUUUACUGAGCAUGGAAAGCAUAAUGUUUACAACGUGAGCUGGAAUCACAAGGAUUCACGACGAAUUGCCUCCUGCAGUGCAGAUGGAUCAUGUGUUGUGAGGCAGGUGGAUGGAACUUUGGUCAAAAGAUACAAACACCCUGGGCCUGUAUAUGGCUGUGACUGGAGCCUCAAUAACAGAGAUAUGAUCGCAACAGGUUGUGAAGACAAAUGUGUCAGAGUGUUUUAUGUUGCUGCAAGUACAGAUCUUCCUUUAAAGAUAUUCUCUGGUCACACAGCAAAGAUCUUCCAUGUUAAAUGGAGUCCUAUAAGAGAAGCAAUUCUCUGCAGUGGAUCAGAUGAUGGCACCAUUAAAAUCUGGGAUUACACUGAGGAUUCCUGUGUACACACAUUAGAAGGUCACAAGGCUCCUGUACGUGGUCUCCUGUGGAACCCAGAGCUUCCGUUUCUUCUGAUUUCAGGAAGCUGGGAUUAUGCGAUAAGAAUUUGGGAUACAAGAGAUGGAUCCUGUAUGGAAACUGUGUUAGAUCAUGGAGCAGAUGUCUAUGGUCUGACAUGUCAUAGAUACAGACCUUUCACUAUUGCGUCUUGUUCACGUGAUUCCACUGUCAGAAUCUGGACUCUGUCCCAUUUGGCGUGUUCCUUGCAGAUUGACGUGCUGGCUAAAAGACCACUGGACGACAUUGUCACUAACAAUACUGAAACGGCCAUGUCAACUGGUGGCUUACCGCUGUUGAAUGGGAGAGUUUCUCGUGAACUGAAAGCAACUGUUGCAGCCAAAGGAGAAGCUGCUCACUUGUCAGCAAUUAAACUCGUCUCAGACUUCUUUACACCCCCAUGUGGAGCAAGGAACCUGUGGGAUUUGGUGUUAGUAUUGAGGGAUGGUGAUGACAGCUUGUUACCAGCAUCUUACAGCAAAGGCAUCAUGCAUACAAAACAUCUUGUGAAACACAAAGCAUCAGAGGCACAGGAAUUAGAAACGGUGCGAACUUUGUCGGGACGAACAGGAGGAUUGGUGUCCAAGAGGGAGGACAGAAUUAAAGAAGCGUCGAGUCUCCAUGCCAAGAUUGGCCAGCUACAGAGAUACUGUGAGCUCAUGGUUGAACUUGGCGAGUGGGACAGAGCACUCGCUAUGGCUCCCGGAGUUUCAAUGGAGUAUUGGAGAGAGCUAAUUGAAAGGCGAACGUCUCAGCUCAUGAGAGAAGAUGAUGACGCCGCCGUCCCGUACUGUGCUGCGUUAGGAGAUGUGACCAAGCUCGUUGAAUUCUUUACGUCACGUGGUCAACUUCACGACGCCCUAUUGGUUGCUCAGGUAGCGUGCGAGGGUGGGCUGUCUUUGCCACAGGAACAAGAGAAGAAACCUCUUGAUCUGAGGAAAAACGACAUCUUGCCUUCACUGAAAAAUUUUAUGACUGACGAGAACAAAGGACUUCUUCAGUCCACCAGCGCAGGGCUGGCAAACUGGUAUUUCUACAGUGGGCAGCCUGUGCUGGCAGCUUGUUGUCACUUAGCUGUUGGAGAUGUCAAGUUUGCUUUGUCCAAACUCAUACGAGGGAACGAGUUGGAACUGGCUGUCAGCAUGGGAAUCGUGAUUAACGAUAACAGUCACAUGUAUCACUUGGCUGUAGAGCUUCUGGCAAGAAAAUGUGAAAAAUUAGGAAAAUGGGACACUUGCAUCGCUUUACUUAAGUUACUGCCCGGCAGCGAGAAUCACCUCAUCAAAUCGUGUGCGAGAUGUCAAGGAACUGUCACAGAAGUGAACGAAUUACACGAAAAGGCGGGGUUACCAAGCGUAGAGGAAUGCUUGCGGAAAGCAGAGCAGCUGUAUGAAGAGAGCAAAUUCUUGGACGCCAUGAAAUAUUACCUAGCGUCCUCUUCUCCUGAGUUGGCGUUGGACAUCGGGUUGAAUUUAGUACGAGAUGGCAUGAGUAAACCUUAUUGGGUGCUAGAUGACGUGCUAGGCGUCCUGCAGUGGAUGUCGUGUAUCAGGACAGACCGGUUACAGCAAAGCAGGACUUCCAAACAAAGACAGGAACUUCUGGCACUCAGCGCAUAUCUUGGCGCACUGUUGGCGAUAAGGAGACAAUACACUCCGAUCAUUCACCCUCUCUUCAAACACGCCAGACAUUUAAUUCAUCAAGACAAAGUGGAGUUGGCGGUCACAGCUUCUCAAAUCGAAACCGAAUCCGAGGCAUGGCUCGCGUUCAACCGGCCUCUCAAUCCCUCUGUCACUCCCACUCCUGAACAGAAGGCCGUUUGGGACUUGUUACUGAAGCGUGUUGGGACUGAGGCAUCCAUGUACGAGGUUGGUGUUGACAUGGUGACGGGGUCUCUUCUCCCAAGUCACUCAGAUGUCCAACUGUCAUGUCUGACUGGAGAGAGAAUCAAGGGUCAGGCGUUCUUCUUGAACGAUGGCCGCUCAGUGAUGUCACUAAACAACGCGCUGAUGUGGGCAAAGGUGAACCCCUUUUCCUUGGUGGGAAAUGGAGUGAGACUAGAACCAUUCUACUGAGCAGCAGCUGGCGUGACAUCUAAAGAAGCAGUGUCUAUGUACGCUUUAGGAAAAAAAAGGGAGUGGAAAGUCGACCCUACACCGCUUAACACCCUCGUCGCUGGCGGACACCUCAAAUCAACUGCCUUUCCGGCUUGGUUAAGCUCGGAUGCACUUGGCAGUGAUUAAGUUCUAAGUAAAUUUUCUUUCCUCAUCUUAGAGUGCCAGAGUGCAAAAUGUUUUAAACGUUUUUCUAUUGAACAACACAGAGAGACUUCAUAGUUUUCGUGUGCGUAUCCACACUAAUUAAGGAUUUCAUCUUUAGACUUAACAGUUAUUGGUAAGUCUUUGGAUCAAGAAAAGAAGGGAAGUGAUGGAAAAUGUUUGAAAGUCGGACUAAGUAAAAUUCGUUUGGACGUUGUUAAGGAAGAACUUAAUUACAGAAUUACAGAAGACUUCUAACGAUUGGUUAAGUAACCAAAACCAAAGCAACCGUAGCAGACCAAUCACAACAAACGCAGAAAACACUUUGAACCAAUUAGAAUUCCAGCUGAAAAAAAAACAUGGAACCUGUACCUAGCGCGGGAAAACUUGCAACUGGUGCCUAGCGCGAAGAGAGAGAAAAAGGCUAGGUCACUUUUGGGUUUACAAUUUCACAGAUUGGCUAAAAGAAUACGUUUGAUGUGAUUGGUUACAGCUUGUAGAAGAAUUUUCUUUUUAUUAACCAGUUUUGAAGCUGAAUAGACGCAAAAACCAAAGCAUUUUCAUGUCACGCAUUAAAAAAAGCGACUCUAAGCUUAUUUAUUUUGGUAAAAAAUUGUCUCCAUUCACGCCGUUUUUAUUUACGUUUAACUAAACUUCACCUUGAUAGAUUUUCAUAUUUAAUAGACAGAGAUGUUGCUGGCCCAACGACUGAUAUUUAGUAGAGUGAAAUUCGUCAAUUCGUUUUAACAAUCAUCGACGGUAAGUUCCGGGGGGGGAAGGGGGGACACCCAUUUGAAAAGGUCGAGGAUGCUCGUUGUCUCGCUUAGGGGUAUAAUUCAAGGAUUCUGGAUUCACUUAUGGUGUUCAUGACGAAACGCCUCUAUUUUUAGCUGUCAGAAUAUCUUUUAGGGUGCACUCGACGAAAUGAUAAUAAAAAAACGCCCGUUUUUCCGUUUUCAGGCUGGAUCUGUGCCGAUCUCUCGGGAUUAGUCUACUAGCGCGGACUCGUUUCCUGAACAGCGGCUGAUAAUCGAGCUUAUUCCGUUUUAAGUGGUAUCUUUCUGGGGUCCAAUAAAGCUCGAGUCACACCCAGAUUGGUCUCCUGUAGGGGUUUAAUUCAAAUUUUCCAACGAUCAUCUCCGACCUUUUCAUGUGUGAGUUCCCCGGUCAAAGUUGCUUUGAGCUUACGAUGGGGACGAUGUAAUUUUCUAAGUAGUUAGUGGGAACAUAUUUAUGGGUGGCAUAUGCGUGCAUUUCUGGCCGUAUUUAUCCAGGAAGACGAGUAACGUCUAACAUUAUAAAGUGCGUCCGCGUAAAAACGAGAUGCAUGAAACUCGUGCGUUGACAAAACAAUCUAUGGUGGGAGAGAGUGGUGGUCGCUCGAUUAAUAAUUUUAGUCAAGCGAAUUCAAACUUCAGAUAAGCUCGUUUAGUUGAUAAGUUCAUCUGACGUUUUAUGUGUCUUAUUUUCCGUAUUCACCAAGACCUAUUAUUCAUCUUCUAAGGUAAAUACGGCCAGUUAUAUGAAUUAUGGAUACUUAAAAAAAUUAGGGUAAUAGGCGUGGUUUUCUCUCAGUUUUGAAGUGACGACGCUGUGCGCCGUAUCUCGGUGUUAGGAACGGUAGUAAAACAUGGAAUCUCGUGCACGUCUGAUGGACGCUUGAUAAAGCUCCACCAAGAAGCAUUAAAAGAUACUUGUGACGUGAGAGUUCACUUCCUGCCAAAUUUAUUUUUGUUUUGUAAAAAUCUUGCUAGGCUGUGUGGUAGUCAUAAGUAUUAGAUGAAUGUAUUUAGUGCAUUUCCCAAUUCUGCAAGAUCGGCUAAAAUAAAAAUAAAAUCUCUAAUGUAAAAA